UGAGCAUGUAAGGCUUUUUUAAUUAAUCCUAAGCUUGAAUCCGGAUAUUUAUUUGAUUCUGAAAAGACCAAUAAGUAAACGCUUUCAUUUAUAGACGUCCAUUUUGUCAAAGGUUUCUCACUUCACAGCUUUUAAGUUCACACGUAUAACUACUCCCUGUCCAUUUGUUUCUAAGCUCUCACCAUUCCAUUCUUUUACUCCAUUUUCUGACACAACAAAAUGGAGAACAAAUUUCCUCCCGAAUCAUUUUAUCAUUAUUCUUCAAUCGAACGUAAGCCGAUUCCCAGAAUGAAAAAUAACUUGCCACGGACACGCCAGAGAAAAGCGUCUCCGCCACGUAGUAGACCGGAACUAGUAAGGAUCCAUGAUGUGUUCUUAAGUUUUAGAGGGGAAGAUACUCGUUCUUCCUUUACUUCACAUCUCUAUUCCGCUCUUCAAAAGGACGGAAUUAAGAUUUUUUUAGAUGAUAAUGAGCUUCAAAGAGGAGAUUAUAUAUCAACAUCAUUAUCACGCUCAAUUGAACAGUCUCAAGUUUCUAUAAUUGUUUUUUCCAAAAAUUAUGCCAAUUCGAGAUGGUGUUUGGAUGAAUUGGAAAAGAUAAUGAAGUGUCGCAGAACCAUAGGACAAGUUGUUGUUCCAGUGUUCUACCAUGUAGACCCCUCUGAAGUACGUCAUCAGACAGGCGAGUUUGGAAUAGCUUUUCAAAGUCUUUUGAACAAAAUUUUAAACGAGGAGGAAUUGGUGCUACGUUGGAGAGAGGCUCUUCGUGAGGCCGCUGGCCUUGCAGGAUUUACAGUUCUAAAUUCCAGGAAUGAAAGUGAGGCAAUCAAAGACAUUGUUGAAAAUGUUACACAUUUGCUAGGCAAGACAGAUUUGUUCAUUGCGGAUAAUCCGGUGGGAGUCGAAUCUCGAGUACGAGAUGUGAUUCAAUUGCUAGACAUCCAACGAUCAAAUGGUGUUAUACUACUAGGGAUCUGGGGUAUGGGAGGUAUUGGUAAAACAACGUUAGCCAAAUCCAUUUACAAUGAAAUUGGUCGCAAUUUUGAGGGUAGGAGCUUCCUUGCAAAUAUUAGGGAAGUUUGGGAGCAAAAUGUUGGACCAAUAUAUUUACAAAAACAAAUUCUCUUUGAUAUAUGCAAUGAAACGAAAACUAGGAUACAAAACGUUGAGUCAGGGAAAAGUAUACUAAAGGAUAGACUCUUCCAUAAAAGAGUACUUCUGGUACUUGAUGAUGUGAAUACAUUUGACCAACUGAAUGCUUUGUGUGGAAGGAGUAUUUGGCUUGGUCCAGGGAGCAGAAUAAUCAUCACAACUAGAAAUAUGAAAAUACUUAGAGGUAAUAGAGUUGACCAAGUUUACAAAAUGAAAAUAAUGGAUGAAAGCGAAUCAAUUGAGCUAUUUAGUUGGCAUGCAUUCAAGCAAGCAGGUCCUAGAGAAGGUUUUGCUGGAAUUUCAAGAAAUGUAGUUGAGUAUUCUGGGGGAUUGCCACUAGCUCUGGAAGUCCUUGGAUCAUAUUUGUUUGAUAUGGGGAUAGAAGAAUGGAAGUGUGCAUUAGAAAAACUCAAAAGAAUUCCUAAUGAUCAAGUACAAAAGAAGUUAAAAAUAAGCUACGAUGCUCUAAGUGAUGACACCGAGAAAGAAAUAUUCCUUGACAUAGCUUGUUUCUUUAUUGGGAUGGACAGGAAUGAUGUUAUACAUAUAUUAAAUGGUAGCGAAUUUUUUGCAGAAAUUGGAGUAAGUGUCCUUGUUGAGAGAAGCCUUGUAACUGUUGAUGAUAGGAACAAACUGCAAAUGCAUGAUUUGCUAAGAGAUAUGGGAAGAGAAAUCGUUCGUGAGAAGUCACCAAAAGAGCCUGAGGAGCGUAGCAGGUUGUGGUUUAACAAGGAUGUGAUUGACGUAUUAUCAGAGAAAACCGGAACAAAAGCUGUUGAGGGAUUAGCUUUGAAAUUGCCAACAGCAAAUGGAAAAUGCUUUAGUACCAAAGCAUUCAAGGAGAUGAAAAAACUUAGACUGCUUCAACUUGCUAGUGUACAACUUGAGGGGGACUUUGAAUAUCUUUCAAGAAAUCUGAUAUGGCUUUCUUGGAAUGGAUUUCCUUUGAAAUGCAUUCCUUCGAGUUUUUAUCAAGAAAAUUUAGUUUCCAUUGAGUUAGUAAACAGCAAUGUUAAAGUUGUGUGGAAAGAGCCCCAGAGGCUGGAGAAGCUGAAAAUUCUCAAUCUUAGUCAUUCUCAUUUUCUGUCAAAGACUCCAGACUUUUCAAACUUGCCUAACCUUGAACAGUUAGUACUCACAGAUUGUCCGAAGUUGUCUGAAGUUUCCCAAAGUAUUGGAGAUCUCAAUAAAAUACUUUUGAUAAAUUUGGAAGAUUGCAUUAGCCUUCAAAGCCUUCCAAGAAGCAUCUAUAAUUUGAAAUCAUUAAACACUCUCAUUCUUUCUGGGUGUUUAAUGAUUGACAAGUUGGAAGAGGAUUUGGAACAAAUGAAAUCUUUAACCACAUUGAUUGCAAAUAACACUGCAAUAACAAGAGUGCCGUUUUCAGUAGUAAAGUCCAAAAGCAUUGCAUAUAUUUCCUUGUGUGGAUAUGAAGGAUUCUCACAUGAUGUGUUUCCAGCGAUCAUUUGGUCUUGGAUGUCACCGACAAAUAAUCUCCCAUCCCCAUUUCAAACAUCUCUUGUUCCUCUAAAAGCUCCAAAUAGUGGUUUCCAUGACCUUUCAUCUAUGUCCAAGUACCUUCCAUGGCUUCGAUGUCUUUGGGUUGAGUGUGGCUCAGAACUUCAACUUUCUCAAGACACAGAAAGAAUUUUGGAUGCUUUAUAUGCUACAAAUUGUGAAGAAUUAGAAUCAUCCUCUGCUUUUCAAGGUUGCAGUCAAGUUCACAUUUCAGGAACAAAAACUUCUCUGAAAUCUCUGUUUAUUCAAAUAGGAAUGAAUUGCCAAGUCACCAAUAUUCUGAGAGAUAACAUUUUACAGAAUAUGGAUGUCAAUGAAAGUGGUGGUUAUUUCCUCCCCAGUGAUAGUUAUCCAAAUUGGUUAACCUUUAAUUCUGAAGGUUCUUCUGUAACUUUUGAAGUCCCUUUGGUGGAAGGACGUAACUUGAAGACAAUGAUGCUCGUUGUCUAUAAUUCAACUCCACAUAAUGUAACAUCAAGUGGCCUUAAAAACAUGUUAGUUAAAAAUUACACAAAGGCUACCAUUCAGCUCUAUAAGAGUGAUACGUUAGUCUCUUUUGAAGAUGAAGAGGGUCAGAGGGUAGUAUCAAGCAUAGAACCCGGUAACAAAGUGGAGGUCGUUUUUGUUUUUGAGAAAAGUUUCAUUGUGAAGAAGACAGCAAUUUAUCUGGUAUAUGAUGCACAAGAUUUGAAUCUCAUUGCUUGUAGAGGUGAUGAAACUGAAUGCUCUGUGAAGAGAUUCUCUGCUGAAGACGAACACGCCGACGACUUCAAUCAGAACAGAAAGAAGAAAAACCGAGUGGAAUGAAUCAAUGAAACCAAUUCUUAUGGUGCCUGUAUACCUUUGUAUAGGCAACAAUUGUUUUCCAUUUUCGGCUGAAGUUUUUAGAUUUUAUCCAUGCUAAGUUUUUGUAAUCCUAUAGAGAUGUUAAUUUAAGUUACAAACCUUCCGUGAUAUAUCUAGUUUUUUGCAUGUGACUCUAACUCUAUUAGUACUCA